AUGCACGAACGAGGAGAUUACGAGCCCCAGGGCGAUCACAAGAUAGAGAAGUCGCGCCAGUGGGACCCCAACCUGCCACAGGAGAAGGUGGAGGAGAUCCACGAAGCAGUGAUCACAGAAGAUCAAGAAAAAGCAGUGGAAGUCGAGAAGUCCUUGGUGCAAGAUUCCCAAUAUGAAUCAGUUCGUGCUGCUGUGCGCAAUACAGAUGGCGGGGAGCCCGCUAAUACAGUGCGCGCCUGGAUCCUGGGGACGAUCUUUUGCACAGUCGGCAGUGGAGUGAACAUGUUUCUGAGCAUGAGGAGUCCGGCGAUAUCGAUCCCUGCCAUUGUUGUGCAAUUGGUGGUUUAUCCUUUUGGCUGCCUAUGGGCCAAAGUUGUUCCUACCAAGACAUUCAACACAUUCGGGAUCAUGGCCAACGUCUCGAUAGGUUAUGCAUACUGUACUGAUGCAUUGCUGGCAUUGAAAGCACCAUCCCUGUACAACUUGGAUCUGUCCUGGGGAUUCCAGCUUCUAUUCGCAUUAAGUAGUCAAGUCAUAGGAAUUGCACUUGCUGGGAUGUUUCGCCGAUUCCUGAUAUGGCCGGCCGCCAUGAUAUGGCCAACUCAAUUCGCCAAUACCACUUUGUUCUAUGCCCUUCAUGACAAAAGCCCAUCCAAUCCUUUGGAGACAAACGGAUGGAGUAUUUCGCGCUAUCGCUACUUCAUGUAUGUCAUGAUAGGCGCAUUUUGCUGGUAUUGGUUACCGGGCGUGGUUUGGCAAAGCCUUUCAGUCUUUGCAUUCAUUACUUGGAUUAAACCGAACAAUGUGGUUUUAAACCAGCUGUUUGGUGGCUAUACUGGGCUUUCUCUCAUUCCAAUCACAUUCGACUGGACAUACGUCUCUGCUUAUCUCUUGGACCCGUUGCUGACCCCGGCUCACGCAAUCUUCAACACCAUGAUCGGACUUGUAGUAUUUGUGUUGAUAACUACGAUCGGAAUUGCGUACACUGGAGCCUUGUACUCUGAAUACCUUCCUAUAAAUACGUCCACUACCUUUGACAACACACAGCAAGCAUACGAAGUUCGAAAUAUCCUUGGCCCCAACUUCUCGUUUGAUGAGAAGAAAUACAAAGCCUACUCGCCCAUGUUCCUAGCACCCACCUUCGCUCUGAACUACGGACUCUCUUUCGCCGCCCUGACUGCGGUGCUAGUGCACGUUGUUUUAUACCACCGCACGGAGAUAUGGCGUCGUUUCAGGGAAGCUCGAAACCAAGAAUCCGACAUUCAUCUCAUGAUGAUGAAAAAGUAUCGCGAAGCUCCUGAAUGGUGGUAUGGAGCUCUUUUCAUUGGGGCUAUUGCGCUUGGUCUUGGCGGUGUGCUCGGAUAUGACACGAAUAUGCCUUGGUGGGCUUUCUUCGUGUCUCUGAUCAUUGCGUUUAUAUUCAUUAUUCCAACUUGCAUGAUAAUGGCCGUCACGAACAUCCAGCUCUCUCUUAAUGUCCUGUCCCCAUUCUUGGCUGGGUUUAUGAUCCCCGGGAGGCCAAUCGGUGUUAUGGUUUUCAAAGUCUUCAGCACGAUCACACUGGGGCAAGCGCAAGUUUACUGUCAAGAUCUGAAGUUGGCACACUACAUGAAAAUUCCACCCCGAGUCACAUUUAUGUCUCAGGUCAUCGCUUCGUUAUGGGCCUGUUUUGUGCAAAUUGCAGUCAUGAACUGGACUAUGGGGCAUAUUGAUAAUGUUUGCGCUGCAGAUCAAGCCUCUCAUUUUUCAUGCCCGAAUGGGCGGACGUUCUUCUCCUCAAGCAUCGUAUGGGGUGUCAUCGGGCCCAAACGAAUCUUUGGCCCCGGCGCAAUCUACACCUCGAUCCAAUGGUUCUGGCUCAUUGGCGCGGGGCUCCCUGUUGUGUUCUAUGUAUUCACGCGCCUGUUUCCAACAUCCAAACUGCGACUCUUGAAUGCUCCCGUAAUGCUCGGCGCCAUGUCCUGGCUGCCUCCGGCCACUCCAAUCAGUUACUCGUCUUGGAUCAUCUUCGGCCUCAUCUUCAACUACUGGAUCCGUCGUCGGUGGGGCGGAUGGUGGCGCCACUACAACUACAUCACGGCUGCUGCACUCGACUCGGGCCUCAUUCUGUCCACCAUUGUCAUCUUCUUCGCCAUAACAUUGCCCGAGGUUUCGGUGCCAAAUUGGUGGGGGGAACUCGGCCCCCUUUGA